AGUUAUGCUACUAGUUGAAUAAGGCGCCUACAUUCAUAUUGUGUUUCAAUGGCCACUUCCAAUACCUUUCCAAGUAAAUCAAGCAUAUCAAACGGCUGUGCAAAUAUGGGAACUGUAAAAGAGCGUCCAAACUAUACUAGUCCAUUCCUGGGCUGGUCUGGUCGAGUGUGGGUUUUCCCCUUGCCUGGCUCUAGCGAAGCUAAGGAGAGUUGAGAACUCCACUUCAUUACAUCUUCAUCUAUACUUGUAUUCUUCAUUCACGAUAGAGCGCGGCAAGUAGGAAUCGCCAAGUACUAUAUGGUCAGCCACUUGGUGUGUGGAUGAUGUUGUAUACAAUGCUUGUGAAAGUGCUUGGAGUCUCAGGAAAUGAGCUAUGGACUCCCCAACGAAUGACGACCACGGCGAUCCACGGUCACGCCCGCUGAAUGCAGGAGGUCAUGCAACCAAACGACGGCGUACGGAUGGGGAGCGAGGUGUCAUGCGUGGCGGCAACGAGUUGGGGCUGCCUCGUUUCAUCGGAAGUGGCAGUGGCAUUCAUCUAAUUAGAACCGUUUAUGACUUGCUCGCUCGCGCCCAUACAGAUCAAAACCACACCCCUCGCGAUGUUGCGGCUGACCUUGUUCCAGGGGAAGAAGAUCCAUCUCCAUCUGGUCUUCAGACUCGUGGCUAUGUUCCUAUCAGCUCUUUCUGGCUACCAGAAGAGAUUGAGGGCAGUAUGGUAGCCGUCAAUUUUGACAAUCUGAUUCUAUGGACUGAAAAUUACUUCAGACACUGGCAUCCUAUCUUUCCUUUCUUGCACGGCCCAGCAUUCCUCGAUGUUUUGGAGCAGGUGGGCGAGCGCGGCAUUGAGGUACUUAACCAAGCCGAUGCUAUUAUCGUUCGAUCGCUUCUAUCAAUAUCGUUGGCUGAUACCCGCCAAAUGGGUAAUCGCCGUCACCCUUAUCCGCCAAGUCUAUUGCUUCUCAGUCAGGACGACAUUUCUGCAAGCUUGGAUUUUGUGCUGAGUAGCCCUGCAUCCAUUAGCAACAUUCAGGCGGCCUUAUGCGUAGAGUUAUUCUUGAUAUCCAUGUUGAAUUUUAGUAUGGCUUCUAGGAUUGGCGGGAUUAUCGUGCGCAUGUCGUUCAGCUUGGGGUUGCAUCGAUGUCCCAGCCGUUACCCAAAUUUCAAUUCCCACGACGCCAUGAUGAGAAAACGACUCUGGUGGUCGAUUUACAGUCUAGACAGAGCGGUUUGUCAAACGCUAGGCUUACCAUUGGCUAUACAAGAUGAUGAUGUUGACGUGUGCCUGCUCUCGGAGGAGCUACAUAACCGAGGGGGAGAUACGCAAAGUAAUAACACGACUCUACAGGCUGGGCACGGGCACGAUUAUGAACAGUUACAACUGCUCGUCAUGCUAUCAAAGCAUGCUAAGCUCAGAGGGAUGAUCCUAGAACUGAGGAACAAGUCCCUCAGCGCCAGGCGGGAUGACUCAGAGCAGGCUUUGCGAGUACAGGCAGAACUCAAGAAAUGGGCGAAUGAAGUCUACGAUCUCACUAACACGAACCCCCUAUCACACCCCAGCCUAAUCGAGGAUCCAGAUGACGCGGCCUGUGAUACGUCCGAUAAUUACAUCGGUUCAUCGCACAGAAUCUUACUUGUCAUCCUACAACAUGAAUUGAUUCUAUCAUUCUAUAGGCCACUUCUUGUGUCAGAUCUAGGUACACCGUCUUCCCAAGCUGCCUUCCAGGAGUGCGUCAAUGCAUCAAGGGCAAUCAUAGAUACUGCGGCAAGGAAUUCUUCAGGUGGUGGGGGGAACGGUAUGCACCUGAAGAAGCAUGGCUUUCUUCUUUGGCCUUCGCUAACUUGGUCGAUCUGGAUGAGCUGCUUUGCACUCACUUACGCCGCCAUGAAGGGGAUAACGACAGCACUGUCUGCUAGGAGAUACGCUGAUCGCGCCCUUCAAGUCUUGAAACUUCUGUCUCUACGAAAAACGUCGUGGCCGGACAAAUGUAUCCUUGCUGUAGAGCAACUGAUCUCAUUCCUUAAUCAGGUGUGCAUCAACAAGGAACAAUCAAUCACGACCGCGCCUCGCAAUCAAAAGCGGCCACAAUCCAAGUACUCCACUGAAACUACUAGAAUUCCCGCCACUUCUAAUCAACCUCUAAAUCCAAAUACAUUACAGGAAGGUCGCCGCUAUUCUCGUCCUUGUCAGCCAAGGCUCGACAACCAAGGAACUCUCAACCAGCAAGAUGUCCCCUCAUCAGCUGGCGCAUUUCUUCCAGCAACGACAGAUACCCAAGAUUACUCAAGUUCCAACUUUUCUGAGUUCUUCCCAAAUAUGACCCACGACUACACCAAUAUGCUGGGCAUGGCUGAUCCACUGAUCGCCCUCGAUUUUGCCAACUUUGCCCAGGCCCCGGAUACCCAAAGCAUAAUGGAUUAUGACUUUGGCCAAAACGGAUUCAGUUGAAUUAUGAGCCGCCAUGGUUUUUGAAUCUACCAGUAUAGUACUCAGGUUUCUCAUCUUCCCCUAAUCACAACAAAUGAUCAGCCCACUAGAUAGAAUUGAACCCGAAUUCGCAAUAAUUAUCCAAAUUUUGAUCGCUCAUUGUAGCACGUAUGAGGGUUAGGAAUCACGCACAUAGAAGACCAAACAAAGCUAGAAUUCUUACGGAUCACUGGACAUAUUUGAUUCCCCGGAUGUUAAUAUCUACCUACUUAUCUUUAGAAUAAGAAUAAGAAUAAGAUACACAUA